AUGUCUUUACUUCCGCGGUGGGAAGGCGGACUAGCCAAAUCGGGCCAAGAUUGUCCUCAGUCUUUACUUUUGCCCUUUUUGGGGUCAUUAGAAGCUAAAUCAGGAACGUCCUUGGGGAGUUCGCUGACUUAUCACGAAGAAGAUAUAGAACAUGAAAAAGAGCUCACUCCUGAACAUUACCAGCAUGCGCAAGUUUUUAAUAAUACUGACACAGUAGCUGAGAAUUCCGAUCAGGAGAAUCGGAAGGGGGUGGCAAUGCAAAAUGCAUCUCCCAUGUACAGUAACAGACUUUUUGAAGAUGGACGGGCACUGGAAGCUAAGAAAGAAAUAAAACAUGAUUAUGAAUCAGUACCCUUGUUCUCUCCACACCCAAGAGGGAUCCCUAAUUCAAAUCCAGAUAUUGCUUCCACUGGAAACACGAAAAGUACAGUGACACUUUCUUGUGGAUAUGAAUUAGGAGCAAAAGCAGAUGAUCUUCACCCCUCCAAGCUUACAGGAAAAGGAGAAUCUCUGGAAUUUAAUCAAACAUCUAGUGACACUUCUACAACGAGUCCACUAGCUGUGCCGCAUGGAAGCAAUAAUAGAAUUGCAUGGGAUACCCUGGGACAACAAAGAUCAGAAGCUCUGGAGUCACUACUUGAACUUUGUGCACAACUACUUAGACGAGAAAGGCUAGAGGAACUUGCAGGUGUACUAAGACCAUUUGGGGAAGAAGCCGUUUCAUCAAGAGAAACAGCUAUUUGGUUGACAAAAGGCCUAAUGAGUAUUCAAAAACAAGGUGAGGAAACCUAG